AUUCCUUACUCUUAUGAUUUAUUUGUAGAUUGCAUUUCGGUGUGCCCGGUGGGUUAUUUAAUUAGGUGAAGUUCCGCAGUGACGACAUGCGACGAGUGACAGUCAAUCAGUCUGCGGAAACUGGAAAAGGUGUCUGGAAAAACUGUUUAUAAUCUAUGUCUUUACAGGCAGGGAGAAGAAUAUUACGUGAAAUAAACAGCAUCAACCACAGAUUUAUUAAAGGGAUGGCUUCUCAAACAGGAGAUGAUAUGGAAGGUUUGGAUCCCACACAAGUAGAGCUUCUUGCUGAGCAGUGCAUUGUUGUUGAUGAACAAGACCGGAAAAUUGGUGCGGAUACAAAAAAGAGCUGCCAUUUGAUGGAGAAUAUUAACAAAGGUCUUCUUCACAGAGCCUUCAGUGUCUUUCUGUUCAACUCUAAAAAUGAACUUCUGCUUCAACAAAGAUCUGAUGAGAAAAUUACCUUUCCAGGUUACUGGACAAACACAUGCUGUAGUCACCCAUUAAAUUUUGAGGCGGAGCUGGCCCUUGAUGAUAAUCUAGGUGUAAAAAGAGCUGCUCAGAGAAAACUUGAGCAUGAACUAGGUAUCAGUCAAGAUCAGGUACCACUGGAAGCAUUUCAGUAUUUGACACGUAUACAUUAUAAGGCACCUUCUGAUGGCAAGUGGGGAGAGCAUGAAAUUGACCACAUCCUAUUUAUCCAGAGAGAUGUUGAUGUGAAGCCGAAUCAAAAUGAAGUUCAGAGUACAAAGUUUGUCAGCUCAAAUGAGCUGAGAGAAUUUAUAGAUAAUUCAAAGGUUAGAGGAAUUAAAAUUACUCCAUGGUUUGGCCUGAUAACCCAAACGUUCCUAUACCCCUGGUGGAAGAACUUGGCAGACAUAGAAAGGUUUAAAGACCAGGAAACAAUACAUAAACUCGUAUAGGUGCAAAAUUUGUAUAAAUAGAAUAAAAUAGUUUUAUUAUAUCAUCAUGCAAGGAGUACAAAUUGUCAAACUGAAAUGUAAUAUAUUUCAAUUAUAUUUUUACCUGAUUUAAUCUAAUGUUUUUGUAAACAUUUUAAAACAUAAACAGAAAAGCAUUUGUAUUAUGUAAUGAAUGAAUUUUAUAUUUUCGUAAAUGAAGGUUCGGCACUUAUAUGAAUAAUUCUGUAUGCAAUAAUACAUUGCACACCUAUUUUUAGAACCUAGCCGAAUAUGAAAUAAUUCAUCUCGUCGUUCAAGUCGUUAGGUUGAGUGCAUACGUCAUUGCUUGUUUUCAACGACUGAUGUAUAAGAUUAUUAAAAACCAGAGAAAUCAUUUA